AUGCUUUCCUCCCUUGAGGCUGCGAAAGAUAAACUCUCGAAAUACUACGGUAUGACAGAUGAUGUCGAAGGUGAUCUCUAUGUAAUUGGAACGAUCUUGGAUCCGUUAAACAAGAUGGAGUUCUUUUCAAUAAGUGAUUGGGCCCCGGAUCACACAGGAAAGAACUAUAAGAAGGAAUACCGUGAGAGCCUCCAGUCUCUUUUCGAGAGAUAUAGCCGACGUAUACCAUCAGAUAUGACACAGUCUGAUAGUAGGCUAUCAAUAACCAAAUCAGCGCUUGAGAGGGCUUAUAUGCGUGAUCUAUCGAAGCUAUCAACCGGUCCGCAGCACGAUAAGCUUACUAGAUAUCUUCAGAGUGACACUAUCGAUGAAUCCGCGCGGAUCUUCUGGAGAAAUAAUAAGAAGGAGUUCCCUAUUCUUAUAAGCAUUACCCGUGAUAUGAUGUCUAUUCCAGCGACUGGUGCCGGAGUUGAGCGUCUUUUCAACUCUGCUCGGGACGUUUGCCACUACCGCCGGGGUUUGUUGAACCCAGAAACUGUUCGCGAUAUCAUGUUAUAUUUGUGUACAACAAGGUUCGAUAUCAAGGAGGAGCAGCGGCUGAUUCUCCAGGAGUAUUUUUCAGAGCAAGAGAUCGCAGCCACGUCUGAAGAACUCGACAUCGAGACACAUUGCUCCGAGGCUAUCAGUGAUACUGAGGAAGACAUCGAGUUGCACCUUGAUACACCGGUCGCACCACCACUCUCAGAGGUCGCUGCUGGAAAGCGGCCGGCGGUCACUUUUGAUGAUGAGGGAGUCUCUAACGUCGAUGAAUUUGCGGAUCCAGAAGAGAACUCGGUAUCACCCUUACCUAAUACGCAGCAUCGUGUAUCAGGUAGGAUGCGGAAAAGGUCAAGACUUCUGGAUAGGUAUAUAGUUUAA